AGGUGUCUGUCUGGAGCGCGAGGCUUGGGCUGGGCUGACGCUCUCUACUCCACCUCGCGGCAGCACCGACUCUGCAUUGCGAUGCUGUUCUGCCGCUCGGUCUCCUCAUCCCCUCAGUGACGCUGUCAUCAUGGAGGAAGAACAGUUACCUGCUAUCGAGUGAAGAGGACAAUCGCACAAACGCGAGGCCACCACCGGCGGCAAUAUAUUGCGUCUUUAUCCGGCUCUUUAUCUGGCAUUCUGCUUCUUUCCUGAAUACAUCGGUCAUUGGCCGUGUGUCAAUUCUAAAGAAAAGAGAAGGAACUCGGCAAAAUCAUCAAAAUGAAGAAUUUUUUGAGGGUGGUGACACAGUUCUUUGUGUUCCUGUACUGUAAAUGUCUGUGGCGAGGCCUGAAGUUUGUGAUCAGGAAGGUCACGGGGCGGUGUGAACUGCAACGGAUCUGCCACAACAACAAGCCAGGGGCCCGAAGGACCCUUAAGAUCGAGUCUUCCCUCAGGUACUCAAAGAAUGAGCUAUGCCAGUCUGCCCUCAGUGCUCACCCAGACCGUGUGGAGAAGACCAUCGAUGACAUCAUGACCCUGAAGAAGGUCAACCCUGACACUAACCCACAGCUAGGCAUCUCCCUCCAGGCCAGCCUGUUCCAGAUCGUAGGCUACCGUGGCCUGGUGGCGGAGGUGGAGAAGCUACGCAGGGAGCCGUACGACUGUGAGAACCCCGACCAUGAGCAGAUGCUGAUGAAGCUGUGGAAGACACUGCGUCCUGAUUCGCCACUCACCGGGCGGAUCUCCAAGCAGUGGUGUGAGAUCGGUUUCCAGGGCAACGACCCCAAGACUGACUUCAGGGGCAUGGGUCUACUGGGCCUACACAAUCUUCUAUAUUUUGCUGAGCAUGACAAGGCCACCGCUCUCCAGGUGCUUCAUGACUCCCUGCAGCCCAAACACAGGAGCAUUCCCAAAGAGGCAAGCAAAAUGAGCAAAGCAGAAUGGGAACAGAAGAAUUUUGAUAAAGCAAUUGGAUACUCCUUUGCCAUCGUGGGCAUCAACAUCACGGACCUGGCCUACUCUCUGCUGGUGAGCGGAGCCCUGAAGACCCACCUGUACAACGUAGCCCCGGAGAUGCCCAGCCUCAGCCACUUCCAGCAGACCUUCUGUUACCUAAUGCAGGAGUUCCAUCGGUUCUGGAUCGAGGAGGACCCCUGUGACAUCAUGGAGUUCAACCGUGUGCGCUCCAAGUUCCACCGGCGGGUGCUGCGGCAGCUCAAGAACCCCGACAUGGCGCUGUGCCCCCACUUCGCCGCCUCCGACCUCCACCUGGUCAACCUGUAAACACACUCCCCUUGACCUCUAACCCCUGACUUCUAACCCCUGACCCUUUACCUCUAACCUCCUCAACACCCCCGCGUCCCCGUCCCCCCAGUCCUCCCAGCUACAUCACGUCACUGCCAACCGCUCACCCCGCCAGCGCUCACACACAUGCUUACACACACCCAUCCCUCCACGCCCUGCCUCUAACCCCCACAGCGACUUCAGAACCACCAGCACCACUAGACGACCAUGGCGAUUGUAGGGGUGCAUGAUGAGGCUGCACCACAUAGUCAUUCACUGACUCAUUGUUAUUCCUCGCUUUAAUGAUUUGUGAUUGUACGACCGACAUCCAUUGCCGGUUAUGUAUUGCUAUUAUUAUGCAUUUUUAAAGCGAUAGUUUACCCGAAUUACAAAACGGAUAUGUAAUUUGGGUGAACUAUCCCUUUAAUUUAAUCAUCACGAAACAAGUGCUUUGUUUUCUCCGGUCCGUUAGCUCCUUGAAUACAUCUCAUUGUGAUGAAUGUUCGGCUGUGACACCAAAAAUAUUUGAGGACAUUUAAGGAGACAGUGCUUCCUCUUUACCAUUAGACGGGGCAAUAACAGUAGGCCUAAACUGUGCUGUCAGAAGUCACAAACUGAAAAGGCCUCAUAAGCUUCCUAUGCUUAAGUAGGGAAAUGCAAUGACAUACUGUACCAGAGCCAUGUAUUUAUUCUAUAUAUGGCUCUGUAGUGUACUGUACUGCAUUGUACUGUAUAAGGAAGUCAGAGAUACUGCCCAAUCCUAUAUUGCCUGCCGUAUUUAAGUAGGAAGCAGCAAGGCUUUGUGUUGCAAUGUGCGGACAGACAAUUCUAUCAGUUGAGGAGGGGGAUAUGAAGGUGAUGUAAGUAGUCUAAUAAAAGAAGAUUGCUUUAUGAUACAUGAGCUGGAAAAGGAGGGUAGGCCUAUGCACUAUACAGGACUGGUUUCAUUUGCAGUCAAAAUCAAUCAAGAGAGAUAGCAGACAUUCAUUCAUCCAAUUAAAUCACUCGCAGCCAUCAUCUCAGCAAGGCAGUUUCUUUUCUAAAUCAUUUGUCCAAUAUUUAUCAAUUGUAAUAGAUUGUGUUUAAUCACAUUUGAGGUAAAAUGCAUGAUAAGAACACUUCACAAGAGCAGAAUUAUCAUUGCCAAAAUGUAGACAAAUGUGGACAAUUCACAUUAAUCAGAAUAUCAUUUUGAAGAAAUUGUAAUUUAUUUUAUGAAUGUUAUUCAGCUAUGUCCAUGAAUGUUUGAUUUGUAAAUCUUUAUUCAACUAUGUCCACGAUUGUUUGAUUUGUAAAUAUUUAUUGAUUUAUUGAAUGUGACACAUUAAAUGUUCACUGUAUUAGUAAAUCAAUUAUUUACAUUCCCCCCCAGAAGACGUAGAUAUGACUUUGGGUGUUUUCAUACUUGGUCCAUUUCAGACAAUUUUUGUGAACUCAGUGCGGCUGGCUCAAUUUUCUAUGCAGUGUGAACACUCCGAAGGAACUCAGACCCCUCAAAAGAUCCCCCGAAGUGAACCAAACUGAAACCAUCUCAAGAUGUGGUCUGAGUUCGGGUUCGCUUGAAUUCCAUGGUCCUGUUCCCUUUUUUAGGGCAAUGUGAACACAAAGCUCCCCAGCUUCACUUGUCAUUAUUCCCGCACCACACACUAGACUACUGCAACACCGUUUCCUCUGCCAUAACCCCUCACAUUGGUACCACAAAAGAGGGAAGAUGAUGAUGUGCUGGGAUGUAUUCAUUACGCCGAUUCUGUUGCAAAACGCUUCUUAAACAGAAGCAGACGGAACGAAACAGAGAGGAACCUACCUGAAUUUGUCCAAUACAAACUAUCGUUUUAGUUGACUGUUAGGCUAAUGAUUACACCCCAGAUUCACUGAAAAACCGUGUGUUGUUUUGGGAUAUUAAUUAGCGAUUGUCAAGGAUGCACAGAAAUUCCAAAAUAAAUGAGUUUUUAGUUCAGAUUAUUUGUAUGCAAUAUGUGAUCUAUAGGCUAAGAGAGCUCCAUAAACGGUUUAUUCAAUUAUGGAGUAUAAAACUACAAUAUAUAACUUUUUGGGCAACCCUACCAAAUUCACAUAGAAGUGUGAGUUAUAGAUAUUUAAUUCCCAUGGAAAGCAAGUCUACGAAGCUGUAGAUCUGUUCUAUGUGUGCUAUUUCUAUGCUUCCCGUUCAGAAGUUUUGUUUUUGCGUAGUUUACUUUCGGUU